UCAAAAGAGCUCCACCCUCAGCCCCAGCCACAGUUGCUGUGUUAAAACCCAGGCGAACGUUUUUUCCCUCUUCGUGUGUGUCUCCAACAUGGAUGCUUUUCAGAGCAUUUUAAAAUUCUUCCUUAACCAAAAAACCGCCAUUGGCUACAGCUUCAUGGCUUUGCUGACCGUGGGAAGUGAGCGUCUCUUCUCACUUGUGGCUUUUAAGUGCCCCUGCAGCGCUGAGAAUACAACCUAUGGGUUGGUUUUCCUCUUUGCCCCUGCCUGGGUGUUACUGAUCCUUGGAUUCUUCCUGAAUAACAAGGCGUGGAGACUCUUCACUGGCUGCUGUAUAAACCCCAAGAAAAUCUUCCCUAGGAGACGCCGCUGCCGCUUCUUCUACGUCCUGGGCCACAUCACGCUGAGUUCAUUGGUGGCGCCAGUGAUGUGGCUCUCUGUGGCUUUGCUGAAUGGGACGUUUUAUGAAUGUGCCAUGAGUGGCACCAGAAGCGAAAAGCUCCUGGAACUGAUUUGCAAGGGCAAACCCAAAGAGUGCCAGGAAGACCUGUACAAAGUCUCCUGUGGUAAAAGCAGCAUGACACCCGUGGAAAACGAAGAGGUGAAGCUGUCUCUGCAAGCCCAGUCUCAGAUUCUAGGAUGGUGCCUGAUUUGCUCAGCAUCCUUCUUCUCUCUGCUGACCACGUGCUAUGCACGCUGCAAAUCUAAAGUCAGCUACCUGCAGCUGAGUUUUUGGAAGACGUACGCCCAAAGGGAGAAGGAACAGUUGGAGAACAAACUCCUGGAAUGCGCCAACAAGCUGAGUGAGAGGAACCUGAAGUGCUUUUUUGAAAACAAGAGGCCAGAUCCCUUUCCCAUGCCCUCUUUCGCUGCCUGGGAGGCUGCGUCUGAGCUACAUUCAUUCUACCAAGACCGUGAACACUACAGCGCCCUCCACAAGGUGAUAGACGACGGUCUGGAACAAACCCCACAAGAGGAAGAAACAACAAUGAUCAUGGUGGGCACUGCCCAGAGUCUGUGAAUCACUCACCAUCACCAGUGAUAGACUCAUUCCAAGAGUCACCUGCCAUCUCCACGACAAGCUAUGUCUCCGGUGUUCUCACCAUCAGAGCUUCUUUAGGGGAGGAUAACACAGUGGGAAACUGUUUUAAGUAUCUGAGUGCAGUGUCUGGAUGUGCUCACACUAAUGCUGAGUGAUAACAAAGACACCCUGAGUUGGUGAACGGUUGGGCCCAGGAAGCCCAACAGUUUACUCUGAGCUCUAAGAUUUAUGACUCAGCCCCUCCAGCCCCUGGCAAGGUGGUCUGCCGCUCUUUGCAGCUAUCUGCUGUGGUACUGGGGGAGAGAGGUCUGUGCACGGUGGCAUCUUCAGAGUGGCCUGCAGAAACCCUUUCACAAGUAUAGCCAACCCUUUUCAAGAUGAAAGGAAUUCUAGCAUUUAACAUUCCUUUCCUCAGAAGAACUGCAUUCUCAAAGGUCACCAAUUGAAAGAAUGCAAUGUCUAAAAAUCAGAGGUUCCCACAUUUCCCCCAAAUACUGAAGGUCUGUCUCUAGGGACAGGGCUGGCUCAUGACUAGUGUAUGCUGAAGGCACUCAUGCCUUCAGAGCCCACUUCUACAUUCUAAAAGACAAUCAUAUAAGACCCACAUGCAAGACUGCACUGAUACAAAGACAAAUCCAUUAAUAUUGUAUAUUAAAACACUUUUCUCAAUAAACAUUCCAUUUUUAUGGUUUUAAAAUAGAAUAUCACUUUCAUGGAUCCCUACUAAAAUUGUGGGUCCAGGGCAUGGUGCCUGCUAUGUUGUGGGUAUGUCUUAGUUUCAUUGGACUACUCUAACCAAAUGCCACAGAUGGUGUGGCUUGCAAACAAUAGUUCUCACAAUUUGAGAGGAUAAAACUUCUGAGGUCAGGGUAACAGAACAGGCAGGGCCCAAUGAGGGCUUUUCUUCAGGUCACUGACUGCUGAUACCCCACUGUGAGUCAUGUGGUGAGGAGGGUCAUGUGAUGAGAAGCGUCAUGUGAUGAGUAGGGCAAAUGAGCUCCCUAAGACAUCGUUUUUGAUGAAACUCAGCCCUACUGCAGGCUCUGCCUUCAUCGAAUGACCCCCAGAAAGACCCACCUCCUAAUGACAUCACCUUUGAGGUUAGGUUUCAUCAUGUGAAUUUCAGAGGUAUAUAAACAUACUAUAGAGUAG